AUGGCAGAACCCGGCGAAAUACUGCCGGAGCGCAAGAUAGACAUGGCGGCACUUUACGACAUGUUGCGAGAGAGUAAGUCUUCGGUUGAGGAAAUCGUUUCCAAGAUGCUCGCCAUCAAGAAAGAAGCCCAGCCCAAAACCCAGCUCCGGGAACUCGUCACUCAAAUUCUCCUUAAUUUCAUCACCCUCCGGCAGGCUAACAGGUCCAUUUUGCUUGAAGAAGAUCGUGUGAAAGCAGAAACAGAACGUGCUAAACCCCCUGUGGAUUUCACAACCUUGCAGCUCCACAACUUGACGUACGAGAAAAAUCACUAUGUUAAAGCAAUAAAAGCUUGCAAAGACUUCAAAACUAAAUAUCCUGACAUCGAACUUGUACCUGAGGAAGAGUUCCUCAGAGAUGCACCAGAAGACAUUAAAAACUCUGUAAUAUCAAGUGACAGUGCUCACAACUUGAUGCUUAAAAGGCUCAAUUAUGAACUACGCCAGCGUAAAGAAUUAUGCGAACUUUGUGAGAAAUUGGAACAACAAAAGAAAGUUCUCCAAGAGACUAUCAAUAACAGGAAGAAAUUCUUAUCAAGUCUUCCUUCCCACCUUAAAGCACUGAAGAAAGCGUCCUUGCCCGUGCAGCAUCAAUUAGGGGUUCUGCACACAAAGAAAUUGAAGCAGCAGCAAUUAGCAGAGUUGCUUCCACCUCCUUUAUAUGUCAUUUACUCUCAAUUACUUGCCCAAAAGGAAGCUUUCGGAGAGGAUGUUGAUCUCGAGAUUAUUGGAAGUGUAAAGGAUGCACAAGCUUUUGCCCGCCAGCUGGCAACCAAAAAUACUGGCAUAGCAACUAGCUUAGAAAAUUCCAAGUUAGAGGAUGAUGUACCUGAUGAGGAAGACGAUGGCCAAAGAAGGAGAAAACGGCCAAAGAAAAUCCCAAGCAAGGAGAAUCUUGAUCAGUCUGGAAUAUAUCAAACUCAUCCACUUAAAAUUACCCUCCAUAUAAAUGAUGAUAAGGCUUCGGAUUCCAACUCGACAAAACUCAUCACUUUGAAGUUUGAAUUCCUAGUGAAAUUGAGUGUUGUUUGCGUAGGAGUGGAAGGCUCUGAAGAAGGUCCUGAUAAUAAUAUCUUAUGCAACUUAUUUCCCAACGACACUGGAUUUGAGCUCCCUCACCAGUCAGCAAAGCUCUGCAUUGGUGAUUCUCUAUCAUUUGAUGAAAGGAGAACUUCGCGGCCAUACAAAUGGGCCCAGCAUUUGGCCGGUAUUGAUUUCUUGCCAGAGGCGUCACCACUUGUUACAGUCCCCGAUACCUUAAAUAACGAUGCUGCGAAGCAUGCUGCUAUAUUGUCUGGUUUGUCAUUAUAUCGUCGGCAGAACAGGGUGCAGACAGUUGUUCAAAGGAUACGUGCUCGAAAAAAGGCUCAGCUGGCCCUUGCGGAACAACUUGAUUCACUAAUGAAGCUUAAAUGGCCAACUUUGUCCUGCGAAAGUGUUCCAUGGGCCUCUCGUACCCCGCAUUGCAGCCUCCAGAGUUGGUCACGGAUGACUGCUGCUGCAAGUAAUAAGUCUUCAUCUUUGCUUCUCACUAACGUGGAACAAGUUCAGGACCCUCUAGGUAUAGAUGCAGAUGGAAAAUCUGGUAUAUCAAGAGAAGAUGUGGAGGCCACAACAGAGGAUGGGGAGCUUCCAUCUUUGCUUCCAGUUGCUAGUGUUUUUAAUGAUAUUAGAUCUACCCCAUCAAAAGGAUCUGAGCUUGAGGACUUCAGAAAGCUGCAUUUGAUUACAAAGAGUAUCGCCUCUCCUGUGAACAAGGGGAAAUCACCAAGUUUUAAGAAGCAUGAGGAUGAUGUUGAUCUCAUGCUGGAAUCUGAAAAUGAACUGGAUGAGCCAGUACAAAUGGAGGAGUCUGAGAGUGCAUCCACAAUGGGAGGACUUGAGAUGGUUGAUAACUCAUGGACAAACUGUGGGUUCCAGGAAUAUAGUCUUGUGCUAAUCAGAAAGUUGGACAAUGAUGAAACGAAGAUGAAAUUAGAAGCCAAUGUUAAGAUAAGCAUGGAGUAUCCUCUUAGGCCUCCUCAUUUUAGACUGAGUCUAUAUUUUUCACAUGGAGAGAACUAUUCUGAGGUGGAUGGUGCUGAGCGGUAUAAUGAACUUCGUGCAAUGGAGGCAGAGGUCAAUGUUCACAUCAUAAAGAUGAUACCUUUUGAUGAAGAAAAUAUGGUUCUAGGUCAUCAAGUGCGUUCUCUUGCAAUGCUGUUUGACUUGUACAUGGAUGAUGGGGAUCUAUCUUCUGGGAAGAAAGAGAGUGCUUCAGUGAUUGAUGUUGGUUUGUGCAAGCCCACAAGUGGUACGCUUGUCACUCGAUCCUUUAGAGGUAGGGAUCGUAGAAAAAUGCUUUCAUGGAAAGGCAACACGUGUACCUCAGGUUAUCCUUGCUAG